AUGGAGGGCGAGAUCCGCAAGGGUGUCAAUCACUCCUUGUCCAGCCUGUCGCUGCCUCGGGCCCGGGACCGGCCCGAGGACACGAGGCGCAGGCUGUUACUGAUUUACAUUCACGGCUUCAUGGGCUCGGAAGCCAGCUUCCAUGACCUGCCAGCGCAUAUUCACGAUCUGUUAACGAGCCUAUUGAGCGAUUCACACGUGGUUUACACUCGUAUCUAUCCUCGAUACAAGUCCUACGGCGAGUCUGGGAUCCAAACGGCAGUGGACCAAUUCAGUGCCUGGUUAGCGCCCCAUGAGGCUGAUGACCUGGAUGUCAUCCUGCUGGGACACAGUCUCGGUGGGAUUUUAGCCGCAGACGUCGCGCUCCUGCAACUGAAUGAACAGCCAAAACAUCGAAUUCUGGGACUCAUCAACUUCGACGUCCCCUUUCUGGGAUUGCACCCGCGCGUCAUUCCAACGGGGGUUCUGAGCUCCAUGCCAAGAAAGGACGUUGCAGCUGAAGAUGAGCUUGCUGGAGAACAGCAAUCCCUGGGCAUGGAUCCGGCGUACAAGCCCUUCACCCCUAGUCCAAACUUUGACCCGCCGUUCAGGAACGACCACCGCCUCGUUCAGCGGGGCUUUUUCAAGGGUCUCCUGCACUUUGUCAAUAAGAACACGGACAACCUCUCACGGUCAAUAUACGAUCGUGUCGCGUCAUCUUUCAGAUUUGCAGGCUGUGUCAAUAAUUACUCCGAGCUUCGCCGGCGGUACCGACGCUUGUUUGAGUUGGAGAACGCAGAACACAGUCCCGGCAGAGUACGAUUUGUCAACUACUACACCGCAAGCACUGGUCGUAUACCACGGAAGCCCAAGGAGAAGCCUGGAAAGGAAACCGAAGACAGUGACCAGAUCGAGAAUUCAACAACCCCAUCGCGGGAAGGCUCAGAGACGCCGAGUAUCCGAAAAGAAGAUGGAAUAGCCGGCUCAAUGAGCAAUUUAGCACUCGAUGAAGAAGACUUGAAUCCUCCAAAGACAGCAAGUGUCUGUAAAGACGGCGAAGGAACCAGCUUCAACCCAAUACCUGAAGAGAAAAACACAAAUUCCGCUGCUCCUGAUACUCGCCCCCCGAAACAGGCAGCACAGCCACCACCACCACCACCACCACUACCACCACGAGCAGCGCCCGCUCCAAGACAAGACUCGCAAGAUUCAGCAGCUGAAGAGAUCAGCUCCGAAAAGGAUCAGUCAUCAUUGGAUAUCACAGGCACCACCCCGUCCACUUCAACGCCCCAGGAUAGUCAGAGUCUUUCGGGAAGCGUGGUGUCCAUUAAAACCUCGGACUCUGGGAUCAGCUCAGACAACUCCCCACAGAAACUUCGCAAGUUCAUUCUUUUGCCCUCGCAUCAUUGGAAGCAUAACGACAAUGCUCACUGGAUGUCGGUGUUAAUGGAAGACAUGGAUGAAGUGGCUGCACAUCAAUCCAUGUUCAUCCCACAAGGUGCAAAUUACGAUUUCCUCGUUGGAGAUACCGUAUCAUUGAUUGAGCAAUGGGUCCAGAGUGAUCUGACCAGACGGUUGAUGCAGGAAACCCUCGACUGA